AUGCCGCCGCCGCCGCCUUCCCGCGGCCCUUCUCCCGCCCCGCCGCGCUAUGCCGUUCCGGCGGCGGCGGCGGCCGCCGCUCCCGCGCCCCUCUUUCCUGCCCUUCGCCCGGGCAGCGGCGGCCCCGCUCCCCCGGCUAAGGCAGAGCCGCCGCGACCGCCGAGCGCUCCCGCACCGACCCGGAAGCGGAGCGGGGCAAACAGGAAACCGAGACGCCGGGCACCCACCGCGCAUGCACCAACCGGCCGCGGCACACCUCCCUCCUCGCUGCCGCGCCGACCAAUGAGGAGCGAGGGCGGGACAGGGAGAGCGGCCGGGGCGGUGGGUACGGCGGUGGGCGGGGCUGUCGCCCCCUUCGUGGCGGCCGGCCGUGAGGGGUUGGCGGGUCGUAGCGACCCGGUCAGCGUGAAGGGCUCCGAGGAGCCGCACAGUUUAAAGCCAGCGUGUGCCGUUCAGCUUUUACUUGCUCCCCCCGCGCACACAAGGUCCCGCCGGUUCCGUCUGCAGUCACGGGGAUACCCCGGUGUGGUGAGGCGAUGGCCAGGCCUGUCCCGCCUUCGGCCUGCGUGCGCAGCCUGGCUUCUCCUGGGACCAGCGCUUAUUGCUUCAGCACUCGUUCUUGCCUGUACGAGUACUUGUAACCAGCAGCACUUCCUUACAGAAGCCUUUGCUGUUUGA